CGGGCACGGUUAUCGCAAAGGUUUAGUUUUGUUUCUAAAGUAACGAAUGUAUGUGGUGUAUUAUACCACAUCUCGUUCCGUAAAGGUGAUGUUUUUUCAUAAUCGCGAUAAAAGUUGAAAGAAAAUCGCAAAAACCGGCGAUAAUUCACGUCUAAAACAUAUUAAUAUCAUCCCUUAGAGCUGCCGUAUUUAAUGUUCGGUGACAAACUCGAAAAAGUGAUUUGUGUUUAUUUUUCAAGUGGAUACAUGUGAACUAUAUAGGUACAUCUCUAUUCCCACCUAACAAUGCGAGUGGAUUUUGUUGAUCCACGAAGAGAUCCCGUAGUGGCACCGGUCCAUAUACCUUGGAGAUAUUAGUGAUAGAUAGUGUUAGUUUUAUCGGCAAACAGUGAAAAAAAUCGCGUCAUCGUCGUCUUGGUGCGCAGUGGCGUGCUGCAGGGAUGGGGACGGGGGGCAGUUGACGGCGGGGCAAUCGAAGGAUAACGGAAGGCGACAGGGCGACCAUUUGGGUGACAGACGGCAAUGCGGUCUGUGCUCAUUGGUCGCCCGUGUCUUCCGGAGGGCGGUAUGUGGGUCGGCGAGUCGAAGAAGCAGCGAUGACUCCUAUCGUAUAUUAACUGGACCGCCGCCGGACGAAGAUAAUACAGUAUCUAGACAGCCUGUAAUAACGAUUGAUGUCGUUGGCAGUAAUGUCAAGUAUAUACGAGCUCAAUCGGAAAUUCCGGUACUACAACGGAUGUUUUCGAAGGAAGAUUGGGUCUUGCUGGACGCUAUGGGAACAGGCCCUACACCAGCUUGUCAUGGGAAAUUUCUCACGAUGCACAAGCGGCGACGCAAAAAGCUUACAACGCGAUCUUUAGCACAAGAUCAUGCAAUACUUGAUGACAUUCAUCAUGGACAGGUCCAGAGAAUUCUUGACCGAUGCGGUAAAUGGGCGUUUAAUGCCUUUACUUUAGAAACAGUUGCCGGUGGAAGAUCGCUGCCCGUUUUAUGUGUUCACCUUUUCCACUGGUACGGACUAUUAGAUUACUUCCAUUUAGAUGUCGUACGAGUAUGGAAGCUAUUUACUCUUAUAGAAGAAGGAUAUCAUAGUACGAAUCCUUAUCACAAUUCCAUUCACGCGACUGAUGUAACUCAAGCAAUGCAUUGUUUUUUACAGGAAGAACGGAUAAGACGUCACGUGACACCUUUAGAAAUUAUGGCAUCACUGAUUGGUGCGGUUGCUCAUGACUUAGAUCAUCCUGGUGUUAAUCAGCAUUUCCUCAUUUCCACUUCGAACCAUCUUGCCAUUUUGUAUCAAAAUAAAUCGGUUUUGGAAAAUCAUCAUUGGAGAUCAGCAGUCGGUUGUCUUUUGGAAAGUGGUGUCGCUGAACAACUUACACCUUAUAGAGACGAACUGGAAAAACAAAUACGUGAUCUCAUUUUAGCCACGGAUAUUAAUAGACAAAACGAAUUCUUAACCAAAUUUAAAAAACAUCUAGACGAAGGCACUUUAGACUUGAAAAAGCCCGAACAUAGACAGUUCAUUAUGCAAAUAGCCUUAAAGUGCGCAGAUAUUUCGAAUCCCACCCGGCCUUGGGAUAUAUCCAGGAAAUGGAGUUUAAAAGUCUGCGACGAAUUCUUCAGACAAGGGGAAUUCGAGAGGAAACUGAAUCUUCCUGUGACUUCCAUAUGUGAUAAGCAAUCCACUUCUGUUGCCAAAAUUCAAGUCGGAUUUUUCAAAAACGUAGUGAGUCCGUUAUUCGCUGAAUGGCACAGAUUUAUGAAAAGCACACUUUCAACGCACAUGAUGAACAUUUUGGACGAUAAUCAAAAAAGAUGGGAAGCUCAAGAAAAGGCCGAACAAGCCGAAGAAACUCAAACGGAAUUAUCGGACGCAGAUCCGGAAGUAGUAAGUGAAGAAGAAGACGAACAACUGUCGACAAAAACCUCAGGAACUCAUAGCAUACAAGAAUAUAUAUCGCCUCCUCCAAGAGACAUCAGAAGACAAUCACUAGCUGUUCCGACGUUAGAAUCGUUAGGAGUAAGAAGACAUUCUGUACCAGUAAAUAUGGAUCAAUCACUGCCACGAACAAUAUAUAGAAGAGAGAGCCUACCGACAGGUAGAGGCAUCCCGUUCGGUAGAUCGCCCGUAAGCCCCCAGACUGAAUCAAGAGCUUCCAGUGGCCUUAGGGAGGAAGACGAAUUGUUACGGUAUGGCUCACAAUCUGACGCAUCUUCUUCUAGUCCGCUUCAUUCGUCAGAAGAACAACCAGAGAGGCCUUUAAGUGCUGAAAAUCUACUACCAGAACCGAGCAUAGCGUCCAUGACAAGUAAUACCGCUGUUAGUAGACUAACAUCUGUCCUACAAGGCAACACCUUACCCCCAACUAAGUGUUUAACGAGACAACAAACUUUCCCCCCGCCUCAACCGUACAUGCGAAUGAGAUACAUGUCUGCCACAGCUGAAAUGAGUACCUGCACAGAAACCCCAUAUGAAGGUGAUAGUCGUUCGAACUCGUCUCACGGUUCCCAUGAACACAUAUCAAAUAAUCUGAGCUCUAUACCUCAGUACACUAUACCAGCAAUAGCUGUAUUGAGUCCAAACAACAGUCGACCUCCGGAUCUUCUAUUACCGGAAGCGACGUUACCGCCACCUCCGGCCCAAAAGACGUUCGCUAAUAACAAAAGGGAAACGGAGGCGGUAGAAAAGGAGAAGACCUGCAAGAUGGUUAAGCUCUCCGAACCAGGACAGAGAUACGAGAAGGAGAACGUCGACCCCAGGAGAUUAGCUGCGACGAGUUUAGCUAAACGGAGGGGCUCAGCUCCAGUGUCGCUUCCAUUAUCAAAACCCGAGGAAAAAAAUCCCCCUGCAGGCGGGGGGCUUUUAAUGUCCGAUACACAAUCCUUGAGAAGAGGAUCAGUGCCAAAUGAAUUUGCUCAUUUUCAUUUCGUCGAUGACGAAAACCUCGAACAACCUCUUAUAACUUCAGUGGAAACAAAGUCGUACUCACAAUUUCCACGACGAGGUUCCGCGCCGACUGACCUACCCCCAAUAUUUGGCGGAGCCGGCGAAAGACGCGAACAACUCACAAGACAUACUAGUCUUAACGGUAAAGCGGGAAGAAGAAAAAAACAGUUGAAGAGGAGAAGUUCGGGCGGGCCCGAAACCGUUCUCCUACCGGAAUCCCAUUCUGAGAUUAUAUCUCGACUUUUUCUACAUCGGAGACCUGAAAGUUCCGAAGCGCUGCUGGUUCGGCGAAGAGGAUCACUGCCUAUUGAAGUCCUGACUGUUGGGCACUCCGUGUUUUGACGGUUACCCCUAUCGCCAUUAGGGCCCUGGACAUCACCGUCCAACGUGCAAUAAGGACCAACAUUCACUUGACUGACAUCCACCUUCACUAGCUAGUUCAUUAUUUAUAAAUCAUCAGUCAUCAUACAAGCCAAAUAAUCAUGAAUGUUCUAGUUGUCACUAAAAUUGAUUGUUAGAAAAAUUUUAUGUUUAAGUGCGCAGUGUAUGUGACGAAUAGAUUUUGAACUUCCUAAUAUAUAGGAAUUGAAUUAAUUUAUUUUAAAAAAAUUUGUUGCCCGUAUACAUUUUUUAUAUUGAUGAUACAUUGUACAAUUUUGUGUACCUUGUUUUUAUUUUAUGAUUUUUUUGUUAUGUUUGUGACGAUUUCUGUGCUAUUUGGAAACAGGUUUCUACAAAACUUAGAGGAAUAAAAUGUUUGUAAUCGAGGGAUGCAAACCCCAUCUUUGUUUUCUCUAUUUUCUUCCAUUGUUAUUUUGCAAAGAUUUUUUCUCAUUUUGAUAUACCUUACAGAAGAAUGAACCGAAUCUAUACGAGAAUCGAAUGUAAAUAAAUAGAAUAGAUAUAUGAAUCUAAAAAGAUUGAUUUCAUCUAUAUUUGAUUCAAUCCGUAAUAUUGCGGAGCAUAUUGGAUUCAACAUGAAUCAGAUCGAUUUCAAAUCAAAUUGAUUAGAUAUCUGAAUCUAAGUAAAUCGAAUGAAAAUGACAACCAAAUAUAUAACAUGUGAUUCAAGUCUACACGAAUUAUUUGUAGGAAUCAAUUCAUAUCCAUUAGAUUGCGUAUAUUCGAUUCAUUAUGAUUCAAAUCGAUUUCAAAUAGUAUUGAUAUGAAUAAAUCUAAUGAAAAUGACAUGUGAAUCGAGUCUACACGAAUUAUUUAUAAGAAUCGAUUCAUAUCCAUAAGAUUCGUAAUAUUGCAGGUGCAUAUUCGAUUCAACAUGAUUCAAAUCGAUUUCAAAUUCAAAAAUGACAUGUGAAUCGAGUUUACACGAAGUAUUUAUAGGAAUGGAUUCAUAUCCAUGAGAUUCUUAAUAUUGCGGUGCUUAUUCGAUUCAUCAUAAUUCAAAUCGGUUCCAAAUAUUAUUGUUAUGAAUAAAUCGAAUGAAAAUGACAUUUCAAUCGAUUAUACACGAAUUACUUAUAGGAAUAUCCAUUAAAUUACACAUAUUCGAUUCAUUAUGAUUCAGAUCGAAUUCAAAAAGAAUGGAUUGGAUAUCAUAACCUAAAUGAAAAUUAUAUGUAAAUCAUUUCAAACGAUUCAUAUCCAUGAAAAUCGUGAUAUUUCGGUGCAUAUUCGAUUUAUAAUGAUUCAGAUCGAUUUCAAAUAGAAUUCAUAUGAAUAAAUCGAAUACAAAUGUCAUGUGAAUCGAGUCUACACGAAUGAUUGAUUUUAAAUUGAUUUUCUAUCAAAAUUUCAUCACCAUCAAAUUAUUAUGCGACUUCUAUUAUAUCAAGAAUUCAUUUGGGAAUUCCGUAAUUAACAGGAAAAUAUUUUUAUUAUUUUUUGUUUUUUCUAAAAAUCGUCUUGAUUUUAAGUCUCUUUUGAUGGAAAAUUAGUUGAGGAAAUUUAUUUUUAUUAUUUAUUCAUAGUUCUAAUUGUAUUUGAAAUAUCUUUUCUAAAUAAUUUAUCAAUUGUAUAUGAAGCGUAAAAAAACUUUUUGAUUUUGAAGAUUAGUAUGGCCUAACAAAUUAUUAAUUUUAAGAUUUAAAUAGAAAAAAAUCUUUGCAGAAUUUCAUUUCUUAUGCAUAUUUCAGUUUUGAAACAUCACUCAGUAAUAAAAAUAACUGUUGAAUGUGAUUCAAUUUGUAAUGUGCUGUAUACUGUAUGUAACGUAGUUGGUAGUGGUAUUGAACGGAAAUAUAUCAAAAUAAGCACAAACUGAAAGAGAAAUACUUUAAAAAUUAAUAAAAAAUAUCACAGAUUAUACAACAUUCCAUAUUUCAAUAGAUAUUUUAUCUUAAUCCUCCUAUACCACAAUUGUAAUGAUUUAACUUUUUAUGUAUUUGCAUUCAAUAUUACUUAUUGUUUCCAUUAAACUUUCCAAAAGUUUUCAUACAAAUUUCAAUCCAUAUCGUAUAUAAAUUGGAAGCAAUUUCGCUUAUUCUAAUUUUCUUCAUCCCCCAGUGGCGGACACUUGAGGUUUUUAGAAAAAAUUUGGAAAAACGUAUCUUUAUUGACUAAAUCAACCAAUAUUAAAAUCAGAAUAAACAAAAUGACAAUAAAGUCUGCAUAAAUAUAUCUUUUGUAGACUCGUCCAUCCAGGUGAACUCCUUUCCUCUGAGAAGAGAACGGAGCCCCAUUCUUCGUUAAUCUAGACGGGCUGCUCGGUUAACUGGGGUUAAUUUGGGGCCAGCAGUUGGCCUUUUUGGCUAAAGGUUAGCUGCCCUUAAGACUUCUUCUGUCUGUCCAGCCACUCCUCGGGUUUCUCUGUACUUUUAUUAGACCGAAACACUAGUGAGGGCCCGAUCUCUUAGCGAUGUGCUGACAAUUAAGUCUUCUCUUUUGGAUGUGCACCUUUCUUUUCCGGAACCGCGCCCUUGAUGAAAGUUAACAGUAUCUUGGUAACGACGAUAAACUUUGGAAACACCAGACCGACUCAUGUUCAACACACCGGCUACUUCUCGCUAAUACUGGCAUUGUCGCAAUAGAGUAACUUUAUCACUUGUUGUUGUUGUUAUCACUACUUUAUUUGCAAGUAGAACUCUUGUUUGUUAACUGAGAUGUGUGUCGAUUGACUUUGAUAAUGGUGGGUUAAGUAGAAAACCUUUUAUAAGACCAGUUACCCCUAAUUAGCAACAAGCAUCAAAGGGUGUUUACUAAUAUAUUGGAUUAUGAGAGCAAGGAACAUUUUUCAAGAUUUUACUAAAAAAAAAACAAUUUCUUGUUCAGUUUUUUGACGGUGAUAUUGCCUGCGUCGAUUUUUUUGUUGCUAAUGAGUGUAGUAAUUGAUGGUAAUCAGCUAUAACUCAAAAACAAAUGCUGCUAGUAAAUAUUUGUUACCGUAUUGAAUACACUGUUUACAUCACCACUACACCAACACUCACGAUUACACUGUCUGAAAUAAGCGUUUCGAUAACCAAGUUAUCGUCUUCAGAGACUGAAGGGAAAUUAAAUCCUAGUGACUUGACUGUUUUAUACUAAAUUUUCCCAUCAAUAAACCUUCAUCCUCGAAACUCAAUUCCAGUGGGAACCUCUUUAGACUAGUAAACUAUGAAGUGGGCUGUAAGGAAUUGGUCCUUUGUCCCUAUUUAAGCUACUCUUACAUUUAGCAAUUUCAAUGCUUUCAAAUACAUCCAACAAUUUAUUAUUGGAUACAUUUUUUAACAAUUUGAACUUAUCAAUAUUGAGUGGUAUAUAUGAAAUUAGCUGCGGAGACUGUGAUGGGAAGUAUAUUGGGCAGACUAAGAGAUCCGUUAUUGUCCGGUUUAAAGAGCACAUUUAAAAUAUGGACGGAAAAUCAAGUAUUGCCGAUCACGCUGCCAGUAAUAAUCAUGACAUGAAUAUAAAUAAUGUAAAAUUGUUAAAAAAUGUAUCCAAUAAUAAAUUGUUGGAUGCAUUUGAAAGCAUUGAAAUUGCUAAAUGCAAGAGUAGCUUAAAUAUGGACAAAGAGCCAAUUCCUUACAGCCAACUCUAUAGUUUAGUAGUCAAGAAAUAAAUGUGAAGAUUUUGAUGGGAAUAUUUAUAUAAAACAGGUAAGUCAUUAGAUUUUAGUUUACCUUCAUUCUCUGAAGACGAUAGCUUAGUUACCGAAACGCACGUCAGGCAGUGUAAUCGUGAGUGUUGGUGUAUUCAGUAUGGUUCCAGAAAUUCCAACUUAGUUGUUACCAUAUUUAUAAAAUGUUUGUCAGUUUGAGAUAGAAACAAAAAUCACCGGAAAUAAAUAAAUUUGAUGUAUAUUAAUUAAUAAAAGAAAAACUUUUAAAUUAAAUUAUAAUUUGUAAUGAUAAUUUCCAGUAGAAUUUUUGGUAAUUUUAUACUAUCGCAGCACCCCCGUAUUUUUGGCUCUAGAUUUCUUAUUUUAAUUUGGAAAAAUAUCUCACUUCAAAACGCCAUAUGGUUAAAUAAUACCAUAAACCCACUUUUUUAAUAUAAACGUUCACAACUUCUAUAUUUUUUGUAUAGAUCGAAAUUUUUUUUAUUCUUAGUUUUUUUUUUCGUGAAACCAAUUUUAUAUAACAAAAAACGAGAGAACUAUAGAAUAACCGUAUUCUUGAACAUUUCUCUCAGUCUAGUAUUCCAGAGGUGGUUCAGGAAAUGUUUGGAAAUUUUUUAAAGUAUUUCUUUACAUAUGUAUGGAAUAACCGGUUUCCAGUCAAAUAUAGUGCCAGUAGAAAAUGAUUAUUCCGUUGAAUCUGCAAAUCUGUAGGAAUACAAAAAAUUCACAGUAAGUGUAACAUAAAGUCUAGGAUUUUGCAAAAGUUUGAUUAGUUUUAUUAUAAGAAUAUAAAAGAAAUAUAUAAGAAUAGAAAAACACUAAUAGUAAAACGUUUUUUAAAAUUUUUAUGGGUUCUCGUUUGAAAAUUUCGAUCAAAUGUUUUCUUUUAAAAACUAAAAGCCUAAUUUUUAUUAUAUUAUGAAAAUCGUCCUGAGUGACUUAAAAACAAUAAAUAAUAUCAGAAGAAAAGAUAAAAUUUCCAUUUUUUUUGUUUAGUACAGACCAGCUUGGAUUUGGAAUAUCCAACUUUAAACAAUGAAACUUGAUACUCAUUACAGAUGAGAAUAUCCCAAUAAGAGGUCACUUCGAAUUUAAUACCCUGAUUAGGGAAUUCUUACAGCUCCGGAUUAGCUCUAGACCAAAGAUUUAAAUUUGUUUCAAAAGUUUCAGGGCUUUUUUGGGCUAGAAGGACAACUAACUAUCCAUAUCUGAGAACGAUAAUUUGGUUAUUGAAACUUGUUGAACACUGUAAUUGUGAGUGUUGGUGUAGUGUGAACGAUUUAAAAUAGACAAAGUCAAUCAACAACCUUGAUAGUUAUAACUAUUCACAUCGUGUAUUAACAACUGUAUACAUAUACAGUUGUAUAUGUAUACAUACAUAAUAUGACCCAUUACUGUUCAAAAUGAUUGAUGAAUCUUUAUUUCAAGUUACAGAGUGAGUAAAGGCAUUCUCUGAAAAUAUACUGGGUCGUUCAUAUUCACAGAGGCAACCAAAUUUAUAUUUUUAUCCUUUUCUCGUUAUUUCUCACUGAUAAAGUUUUGAAUUGUUAUACCGGGUAGUUUUAAAGAUAUAAGGAAUGUUAUUUCAAUUUCGUGACUUGAGCCCUUUGUAGUGUUUUGGACAUUUACACCCUGUAUCAAAACCCUUUGUAGUAUUGUGGGCAGUUACACUCUGUAUUUUAACAUCUGAAUAAAUUUUAAUACGGCCCAUUAUUGCUUAAAAUGAUUUAUGAAUUAUGAAUUAUUAUGAAGAUACAGUGUGAGUAGUAAUUAUUUCAGAAUAUUUUUAGCCUUUUCUCGUUAUUUCUCAUUGCAAUAUAGGAUUUUGCAGUGUUAUAAAGGGUAAUUUGAAAGAUAUAAGCAAUUUCACAGUAACUUCAUCACAAUUUUAACCCUCUGUAGUGUUUUAGACGUUUUCACACUGUCUUAACAUCUGAAUAAAUUUUAAUACGGCCCAUUAGUAUUUAAAAUGAAUGACGAAUCUUGAUUGCAAGAUACAGUAUGAUGUAAAGACAUUUUCUCAAAAUAUUUUGUAAUAUACAGGGUCGUUUAUAUUCACAGAGGCAACCAAAUUAAUAUUUUUACUCUCACGUUCUUUCUCAUUGCAAUAUAGGAUUUUGCAGUAUUAUACAGGGUAGUUUGAAAGAUAUAAGCAAUGUUUUAUUAAUUUCGUGACAACUUCAACCCUCUAUAGUAUUGUAAACAUUUACACUAUUCGUGUAGGGAAAGCAGUAAGAAAUAUCGUUAUUUACAAAUUGAAUACACCCCGUAGAAAUAAUUUCUUGACCAUGUUUACAAUAACCAAUUUUUUCUAAUUAAUUGUGGCACAGUUAAUCCACGAGCAGUUGCUGGCAAAGGGGUACCAUAAGCAGAUCGUUUUUUUGAUGCCUUUGUUGAUAGGAGUGUAUUCAACUAGAGGGUCUUCAAACAUUUUUGUUUGUUCAAAAUGUUUCUGGAUGAAAAUAAAAUGUUUUUUUUUUAUUUUAAAGUACAAAAGUAUUAUAAUUUGAAUAUUUAAUAAAUUCGAUGGAGUAUGAUAUAUACCCAAAUAUUCACAUCAAAAUAGUUAGAAAUCGCUUCGGCACGAAACUAUUACUUUAGAUGUGAAACUACUUCAAGAAAUUUAAAAUUUGUUGUCUUUUAUAUUCUUAGAAUAAAGUUUGUUCAUACUGGCCUAGAUUUGGAAGUACAUACUUUGAAUUUUUUGUAAUUUCAUUUUAGGAUAAAAUUCGAGUAAUCAAAAAUCUUAGAACUAGUUCACCUUCCCAAAAAAAUAAACGUAACUUCAUCUUACUCUAAGUAUGAACAUUUCAAACGUAUAAAACUUUUUUUAAUCACCCUGAGUACACGUUAAUUGAAAAAAAAACAUCUCGAUUUCAACCUCGUAUUUAAAAAUGAUCACAAGAGGAGCUCCAACCAAAACUCAUUCUAAAAAUUUGUGACAUUAAAGACCCUUCUGGAAAAUCAAAAAAAGAUUUUUUCAGGUAGAGUAAAUAUAUUUUGAAGGGGUAAAAUAAUUUACAAUCGAAUAAUUGAUAGUAAUUAUGAUAUAAACCUAACCUAAACACGUUAAUUGAACUACUGCUGAGAAUGAUCUAUUCUAGUACCAUGGAAUAAUUAUUGACAAUGAGAGUGGUAUGAAGCGAAAUAUACGCCGUCACCACCUUAAAAGUACUCAUGAAAUACUAAAAAACAACCCUUAAUAAGCGGAAAAUUUUUGGUGUAGUUUGGUUUGUAGCCCUAAAUAUUUACCAAUGCUACUUUGAUCAGAAGCCCUUAGAAUACCUACGAAGUUUACUUAUAUUAAAUUCAUCAACCAUAUCUUACCGUAUAAAGAACUAAAGAAAUUCUGAAUCUUUUUGUAGCCUUUACAAUUUACUGCUGAUGUAGUGGUAGUUGAUAAAAAAAUGGUGAAUAUUUCCAUUAUUAAGGUACUACUUUUUUAUAUCAAUUCGUUUAUUGAUUGAUAUUGAUUAUCACUAUUCUAAACAAGCAUAAAAAGGGGUGGUUACCGAUCAUAGCAUAUUGUUGGACCAUUAAAAAAUGUUAUUAUGAAGCUAAUACUAUCAAUUUUAAUAUUUUACUAUGAAAAAAAUACAAUUUCGGGCUCACUUUUUUGCUAGUUACUUGCGAUUGCAGGGGUGUCGCCUGAUUCAAUUUUUUCCCUCACAAGUGUAUAAUAAUUCGUUUAUUAAUUUUUGUGGCGCAUUCCAACUUUGAUUGGCUCAUUCUAGGAAACAUUUCCUCAAACCUAAUCUAGCUUUCAAAUAACAAAUAUGUUAUUCAUAAUCUCACAAUUUUCUAGAGUUCUCACUAAGUUCUUGUUGCAUUUUGUAUCAUUCUUAGUGUAAUUUCUUGUUGUCCUCCUAUAAAGGUUCAUACCAUCUGAUUUGGUCUUUCGUCUUUAAAAGUAGUGUCUAUUUUUUUAACAGGGUAACCUCUUUCAGCACUUUAGAUAGCCACUGUAUUAUAAUUGUUUUUGGAUCUAACGACUUCUUUGAAGAUAUUUUUAAGUCAAUCUUCUAAUUUGUGGUCCAAGACAAAUGCCUUCCAACUUUGCUUGGCUCAUUUUAGAAAACAUUUCCUUCAAAAGUUUGAAACCUUCACUUCCUUUAUUAACAGUUUUAACUGAGUCCUUGAAACCUAAUUUUAUGUGAAGUGUAGACUCUAAUGGAACAUCAAGCAUAUUUUCUUCUCCAAUUACAUAUGGUUCUUUCCUAGGCCAGACUCUAAUGGUUUUUAGGCUACUUACUUAGGUCUGUUUCGGCUACUACCAUAACCAUAAGAAACAAUAAAAUUUCCCAGUGAACUCCUAAGUGGUUCAAAAAUUUUCAAAUAACCAAUAUGUCAUUUAAAAUAUUGAACAUUUUUUCAGUUUCAGUAACACGUUUUAUUGAAUUUUGUGUCAUUUUUAGGUCUGGUCUUUUCUUAAAAGGUUUAAAGGUCUUUAUAAGAACUUUGUUUUGUUUAGAAAUGAAAGACCAAUCCAGUAGUUGUCACCAAAUUUAGUACCUAACACGUAAGUAAAGCAUUAGAAAUAUUAGUACUAAGGGACAGGUACGGUCAAGGUAGUCUAAUUUAGGUCCAGAAUUCUCUAUAUUUGGUAGCUUCUAUUUUUUUUAUAGACGAUAUACUAAUUACUAGUUUCAACAAAGAAUAUCGAGAUGUUUUUUUGUAAUUAAUAGAAUUGAAUUUUUUCAGUUGUAAAUUCUACAUUUUAAAAACUGUAUAUGAAAAACAAAGUUCAAUAAUAUUUAAUUUUUAUUUUGAAUGAAUUUGGAUAAAAUAACCACUGAAAAAUAUGUAGUGUAUCAAGUUUAAGAUAAAGACACAUCCAUACAAAGCAAUUGAGCCUUAUUUUAAAUAUACAAAUAGAGCGAAUCCUUUUUUCUAUUAAUAAAUAAAAAUGUUCAAAAUAAGGUAUUCCACCAAAAAAGUAUCGUUAGUGGAAUGUUAUUUUUAGAUCGCAAGCUUUACGAAGAAGACAUCUUCUAGAGGUCUGAAAAUAGGGUAAAGUCGAUGGAUGCCAGAUCUGCAGAAUAUAGUGGAUGUCUUUUCAUUCAUUCAUUUCUUCAAUUGGAGUCUUUUUCCGCGAUUUCGUCCUCCAAUAACGUUAAGUAAUAAUUUUCUUUUUUCAAGAUAAUCGUUAGUAUUAUACCAUGUGCAUCCAAAAACACUGAUGCCAUUACUUUAACUAUCGACUUUUGCGUUUUCCCACGUUUUAAAGUUAGUUAAUCAUGUGCACUAUACUUGAUUAUACUCCAAUGUGAAAUGAUAUAGCCAUGUUUCACCCACUGUCAUAAAUCGACGCUAAAUUUCGGGUUUAUUAUGAUUGAAAAGCUCCAAAAAUGAAUGAGAUGAAGCUUGCUCGUGUAGAUUUUAUUGGCGGCGUCGCCAGUUGGGCCGACAGUCGUGGCUAUGCUUCCAAAUUGGCGACUUUGCCAACUCGUCGCCAAGUGAUUUAUUGACCAUACAUUUCAAUACGAAUUAUUUGGAUAUGUAGCUGGCGACGUCUCUGUGAGGUAGGGCCCCAGCUUCAGCGAUUAUCCAGGCAUUGAAGGAUUUUUGGGAUAAGAAACGAGUCGUAGAACGAUAAAUGCAGAGAAUAUGGUAGCUGGAAUCUUUCUAGAAGCUAAAAUCUGCGGUUUUUGAAACCAUUUUUGCACAGAACUUCUUAUCACAAAAUCUUGAAUUUAAAUCUGUCAGACAGUUCCUGGUUGUUAGUUCGUUUACUAUCAUUCGAAACGUUAACAUAUGAUCUUUGUAAUUUAGAGAAAGUAUACGCAACGCGUUAUUGACCGAUCUUUUUUUUUAUUCGUGCUUCAUCUUCCACGCUUUCCGGGCUCUCCUUGAAUUUUUAUGACAAUGAAACACUUGAUCACGAAUAAUAGAAACUACCAAAUAUUUUUAAACAAAAAUUACUUCACUCAAAAUGCUAAAACUCACAAACUAAUAGUGAAUGCCAAAUUUAUACAAGUGUCAUUUUAAGGUUAGGGCUAACCAAAAAUCAUAUGAAUUUUUCAGCUAUAAAGGCUCAAAUAUUAAAAGCACUAAGCUGUGUUCGCAAGCACCAAGAGUUUAAUUCCGCUUUAUUAAAAUGAAGAAUCGAAUGAUCUGUUUUUUUUUUCUUUUUAAUGUUACUGUAGAUAAAUUUUUACAACUGAAAAAUUUUUUCAAUGAAUUAUAUUAAUUUAAAAAAAUGACGUACCACUUUUAUUGUACAUGUCUGAAUUUAACGAAACCUAUCUACCUACUCUCUAGGACCAUACAGUUGAACUAACAGGGUUAAUCAUAAGAUGUGUUUUCAAAAUAAGACUGCUUAGAGAAUGACACGUAGGAAGGUAUACAGACAUGAAAGGGUUCAUUUUGCCCCCAAAUGUUACGCUUAAUAUCCGAGUUCAACGUGAGUACUCAUCGUUUGUGAAAUGGUUGAAUAAAAAGUUCAUGUUUUCAUAGUGUCUUUAUUCUAUUCCUCUUCCUUUUUAUUUCACCUAUAAUACAGUCAACAGUGUUUUUGGUGCUUGAAUUUUUACAGUUUUUUUUUUCAUAUGGAGUUGUGUCCAGCAGAUCAUAUUUUUCAAAAUUAUAAUUUCAAUUUCGAAUGCUAUUGCGAAUUGAGGACUCAAAAUAAAACUGUCCAAGAGUUUUUAAAAUCUUUUAUUUGACCUUUAUCUUUAUCUAGACGUCUAAUACUUUAAAAAGCCUUAAUAAAGAUCGAAACAUUGACAUUUUUGAAAAAAUUUGGGCAGUUUUAUUUUCAGUCUUCAACCCGCAAAAUCAUUUGAAAUUACAAAGAUAUAAUUUUAAUACAAUAUUAUAAGUUGAAUUCGUGAUUUUUUAUUAUAUGCCUGUCUGGGGCUAGUUCAUUAAUACUAGAAAUCGAAUUUCGAUGCAGAGAUAUGGCAAAACUUCUCUAAAGGUUGGACAUCACUAAAACCACCAACCCCGAUGAAAUACCACCAAUCGCAUUGAACAAAUGCGCAGCUGAACUAACAUAUGCGCUAUGCAAACUCUUUUCUCUAUCAUAUAGAUGCAGAGGAGAAACUUGCUUGGGUUCAACGCAUAUCAGAAAAAUUAAAAAAGACGGUUCACCACAACUACCUUCCGAUUGCUUUAGUCCUAAGCAUUACUAAAGUGUUUGAGAAAGUCGUUAGCCAGAAAAUUUUGAGUCUAUUAACAUAAUCAGCUUUUGCAAACAUAUAUAAACUGGGGAUUUUCUGGCAUAUGUCAGUAACAUAUAGACUGAAUCUAUAGAGAAAUAUGGGAAAUACCACUAGACAUAUCGAAGGUUUUUGACUGGAUUAGUUGCUAGGUUGAUAUCGACAUACCUCAGAAAGGCUUGAGGUAGUGUUGAUUGACUCGUGCAAACUUGAGUUUAAUUCAAUCAGACUCGAGUUCAAAAACCGACAUGGAGCGAAGUUUACCGAUCAUGAUUUCAAACAAUUAUUUCAAUAUUUACUUUAGUUAAACUUUCCCAAUAUAUUUUGAAUAAAUUUAAAAAAAAAAAUUUAAUUCGCUAGUUCUUAUUUUUUCAACUAUAAAUGCGACGAGGAAAUAAAAUGGUAAGACUUAAAAAAAAUCAUUUAAUAUACCAUCCAUUAACUCCAGUUCCAUCAGAGUAAUGUGCAUUUUAACUAAGGUUAAAUAAAGAUUGGUUUUUUCAGAGUUGGCACAUCACUAGUUUGAGGUCAACGCUGGUGUUCCUUAGGGAAGCAUUUUGCUACCCACUUUCUCCUGUACAUCAAUGAUCUACUCGAUAACACACUGAUGUCGUCGUUCAAAUCAGUUGUCCAACAUAAUCUCAUCUAGAACAGUAUUUGAAAGAUCUACUCGACAUGCAGACGAUCGAGUUCGCCUGUAGACGCCCAAAACGUCAAUUUAUUGUGACUCCUUUUGGAAAGGUGCAAGCUUAUAGAAUCAGCUACCAAGACACAUUUCUCCCAAAUACUAUAACCUACAGAAGUUGAAAUUCAAUAUCUACGGGCCUCUACAUUAUUGCAUGAACUACUUAAGUGUAAUAGAGUUUACCCUCUUUUUCUUGCUUUUUAUGUAAUAAAAAUACAAAUAUUUUUUUAGAUAGAAAGACAGAAGAAACAGUCAUUGAUGAGACUAUUCACCAGUUACUCAAUGAAUACUUUGGAAGCUUCGCUUCCGCGACCUUCUAGAGUGCACUUUGGUUCCAUUUUAAAUUCCACAAGUCAUCUAGAUAUCUCUUCGUUUUUGUUAGCGUUCCUUCAUAAUCUUUCAUCCUGUUUUUCACUAGUGUAUCCUAAAUCUUCUGGAAAAUGAUCGCUGUUUAACUAAUGAACCUUAAUGUUCAUGUUACACCCAAGGAAUUUGAAACUGUUAAGUAUCUUAUUUACCAGUUGAACAUAGUUUUUCCUUCUUGAAGUUGAUUAAUUUGACAAUUGUAACAAAUGAAGCCCAGGCUUUUCAUUCAUUUAUUCAAUUUACUUUAGGAUCUUAUGAGUUCACAGUCAAAUAUUUCUGCUCAACUGAGGCAUUUUUUCACCUAUAUAUGCAAAGCGUGAUCCAUUUUACCAAUAGUCUUCACCUACUGCUUCAGUAGGCCCAGCGUUCAACUAAGGGGUUGUUAGAAUUUUUUUUCCAACAUCCAUGCUUUUUCUUAGGUCACUAUUUUCUAUCCUAGUGAUGUACUGCUAUGAAAGAGGCAAAAGAAGGGAGGAAAUUGGGUAUAGCCACUUUUUAUUGCAAUCAUAUUGGUUCCUGUUGUCCAGAAGAAUAAAUUUCAAACUUCGCUCAAGAAGAAAUCCUCAAUUUUCGUGAUAAAAUAUAACAUUGUCUUCUUGGGAAAAGAAAAGCAUUAGAUCUUUUUCUUUUGUACGGGAAAAAGUUUCUUUUUCAAGUAAAUUUUUCUUCUUCAGUCUAGAAGCUAGUUAUUCGAAAGCCUCUUAUCAAGUUGAGGUCAUUUAUCUGACUAGGGUUAAAAUGCUGAGGAAUUGAUAACACUCCCUCAUAAUCACUUUAUUAGUAUCAGAAGGAUGAUCAGAAAGACAAUACUCAUUCUCAGAGAACUCUGGUAGCUGGUGAAAUGUUUGAUUCGGUUCAGUAAGGGACUGAGCAUCUUGCAGAAAUUAAAUCAGGAUAAGUCCAAUUGCUACAAUUGUUCCAAUCAAUUCGACUAAGGCGAAAAUAACAGUCAUCGAUGUGAUUUUUGAGUUGUCUCUCCAAACUACCAGUUUCUUUUUCCGGUAUUCCUGUUCUUGAUUCAACAUCCUAAUAGCUAUAAUCAAUUCUUAAUUCAGAGGCACCAAUUUUUUUUUGGUAAAUCAAAAUAUAAUUAAAAAACUUGAAAAUUAUUGAUUUUGAUUAUUUUUGAAAAAAAAAAAUAUCAUGAGCAAUAAAGUAAGUGUUGUAUGAUUAGAUUUGAGAUCCACACUAUGGAAAUGUGGGCAAUUAGAAAGAAAAACUUAGACUACAUUUUCUGCAUCAGAAUUGUUUAUACCAGAAAUUCGGAAAAUCCGUCUCGAUAUUAGACAGAAAAUGUUAUUUAUGCACCUGUAUAUUUCAAUCUGCCCUCUAGGCAGACAGAACAGAA